AUGGCGUUUGCUUAUUAUACCCGAAAUUUAAUUUUGCGAGGAGUCUGCUGUGUUUAUUUUUUUGCAUUUUUAUCCUUUUAUCUUCAAAUACCUGGUUUAUAUGGAAACAAUGGAAUUUUACCGGCAAGAAGUCAACUAGAAGAUUUAAGUUCACGAACUUUGGCAGAAAAAUUUCAUAAAAAGCCCACACUCUUAUGGCUGGCCCCAUUUUUAGGUUUAAACACUGAAUACAUGAUGGAUGUGCUUUCUUUGCUUGGAAUAGUGUUAUCUUUUGUUGGUUUCCUUUCUGUUAAGUUCAAUAUUGCACCCACCUUCAUUUCUUUAUGGUCAUUUUAUUAUUCAUUAUAUCAAGUUGGGCAAACAUUUAUGUGGUUUCAAUGGGACAUAUUAUUGUUAGAAGUAGGCUUUCUCUCAAUAUUUGUGGCUCCGUUUCUACAUAAUUCUCACAAUAAAAAAUGGAUUUAUACUCCAGCUGACAAUGUUACUUUUUUCUUGGUUAAAUGGUUGCUCUUCAGAUUCAUGUUUUCAUCAGGAAUUGUUAAACUUCAGAGUAAUUGUCCAACUUGGUGGGGUCUCACUGCUUUAAAUGUUCACUUUGAAUCUCAACCACUACCACAUUUUGUUUCUUGGUAUAUGCAUCACACUCCGAAUUGGUUUUUAAAAUUGGGAACUGUUUUCACUCUCAUUGUCGAGCAACUAAUGCCAUUUUUGUUUUUUUUCCCUCUUCGUUCAGUGAGACAAAUGGGAUUUUUCUUUCAAGUGUUCCUUCAACUUAUGAUAAUAUUCACGGGAAAUUAUAAUUUUUUCAAUUUAUUGACCAUAGUGCUUUGUUUCUCUCUUUUAGAUGAUAGAUUCUUUUAUCCUUCUAAAAAGAAGAAACCAACUUUUACUCAAAGAUUCUUUUCUUUAACACUUAAUAUAUUGGUUCAUGGUUUUCUUUUGUACAUUGCAAAUGUUUAUUAUUCUGUACGAUUGAAUUCGAAAUGGACGAUUGAUUCAGAAAUAACAUUUACAAAAGCUGAAUUUGAUCAAUUUGUUGCAAAAGCAGUACCAGCUGGGAUUUAUAUUGGAGGUGUUUCAUUAUUAAUCGUUUCCAUUAAGGCUUUGUAUCUAUCAUUCAGAGUUCGUGGAUCAAAGGUGAAAACUCUAUUAGUAACAUUAAUAUAUAUAGCUGCUGCAAUUUUUCUUUUUGGAAUUUCUCUGGUACCAUAUUCGGUUCUUCACAAAUCCUCCAAUUCUACAAUAAUUCCUUCAUUGAAAAGAACUUAUCAUCGUCUUGAACAUUUACAAAUUGUCAAUUCUUAUGGAUUAUUUCGUCGCAUGACCGGUGUCGGUGGAAGGCCGGAAGUUAUAAUCGAAGGUGCAAACGAUCUUAAAGGCCCUUGGUACGAGUAUAAUUUUAAAUACAAACCUGGAAAUGUAAACUCCUCAUUACCUAUUGUUGCUCCAUACCAACCAAGAGUUGACUGGCAAAUGUGGUUUGCUGCUUUGGGGACGUAUCAUCAGAACCCUUGGCUUAUGUCUACGGUUUACAGACUUUUAGAGGGUGAAAAAACAGUCUUGCAACUUUUAGACAUGAAUAAAUUGCCAUUUUCCAAACCACCCAAGUAUAUUAAAGGUAGUUUGUAUCUUUAUCAUUACACUCCUUGGAGCCAAAGAAAACAACCCAUGUGGUGGAAACGUGAAAACGUGGGAGAAUAUUUUCCAAUAUUUUCAAAGGACCAAUCAUCGUUAAUUGAUUACCUUAAAACUUAUAAAAUAUUGCAAAGCAAACAAGCAAAAGCAGCCGAUGACAAACUGAUGGUCUAA